GUAGCAAAUGAUGGUGUUAACUUAGAAGCCAAUCCAUAUGCUUGGAAUCAGGUGACGAAUAUGAUCUACCUAGAGUCUCCUGCUGGUGUUGGGUUUUCCUACUCCGCUGACAAGAAUUACAGCACAGAUGAUGAUGAUGUGGCAAGGAAUAAUCUUCUGGCUUUGCAAGAUUUCUUUAGGAAGUUUCCAGAAUACAGACGCAAUGAGUUUUAUAUCACAGGAGAGAGCUAUGGGGGAAUAUAUGUUCCCACGCUAGCUUCCCUUGUUGUUGAAGACCCAUUUAUAAAUCUCAGGGGCUUUGCCGUGGGCAACGGAUUAUCAGACGAUGUCAUGAAUGACAAUUCUAUUGUUUACUUCGCCUAUUACCACGGCUUGAUUGGAACAAAUGAUUGGUUAAACUUGCUGAACCAGUGCUGUCCAGGCAAUGACUCUAAAGUCUGGUGCGACUUUGUGGCUGGAAGCAAAAACCCUUCUUGUGCAACUGCGACCAGACACAUUCAAACUUUGGUAUGGAGCUCUGGACUCAAUGUGUACAACCUGUACUCUGAAUGCGCAGGGGGCGCUCAAAACUUGAAUCUUCAUUUUGAUGAAUCGAGAGGAAAGUACGUCACUAGCAACUUUGGCUGGCCAUUCAUGUUUCUAGCUGACACCGUUGCCGAACUAAAGACGAAACUAAGAACAAUACCGGCGGACAAACUGGUAUCAACUCCUCCCUGUACCAAUGAUACAGCGGCUGUCAAAUAUUUGAACAAUCCCGCCACAAAACAAGCCCUGCAUAUAUCAGAUGAGGCCGAAGAAUGGGAUGUCUGCAGCAAUGCUGUUAGUGCCGGAUAUGUCCGCACGUACACAACAAUGACUGAACAAUAUCAAAAAGCCAUAGAUAGAAAGAUCAGGAUUCUGGUCUAUAACGGGGACAUUGAUAUGGCCUGCAACUUUUUGGGAGAUGAGUGGUUUGUCGACUCACUGAAUGUCCCGAACCCCCAGGCAAGAAAGGCCUGGUACUACAAGGCGGCAGACGGCACACGGCAAAUUGCUGGCUAUGUCAAGGCCUUCGAAGGAGUUACUUUUGUUACAAUCAAGGGAGCUGGUCACAUGGUUCCAACAGAUAACCCAAUCCCAGCACUGGAUAUGUACUUGAAUUUUAUUCAGGACAAGCCAUUUUAG